AUGUUCGCUACAAAGCGUCUGAGCAAGGAGCUCCUUAAGAUGCAAGAGCAUGUCCCACCGGGAAUUACAAUCGUCAAAUGUGACAAUCUGGAGGAAUGGCAGAUGGACAUCAAGAUCCUUGACAAUAACCCACUUUAUCUCGACCAGACUUAUCGUCUGAAGUUUACCUUCAGUAACAAGUACCCUAUUGGUAAGCCCCAUCUUCUCGGCCAUCAGCCUCGGUCUCUAUCGUCUCUCUCGAACCCCCCCGAGGUCCAAUUCAUCCAAUGUCCUGCCUCCACCGGCACACCUCGCACGAUCCCAAUGCAUCCCCACAUCUACAGCAAUGGUAUUAUCUGCCUUGACCUCCUGGGUUCCGCCGGUUGGUCUCCAGUACAGACAGUCGAGAGCGUCUGCAUGAGCCUUCAGAGCAUGCUUACCGCCAACAAUCGUGAUGAGCGACCCGCCGGCGACAAGGAAUUCAUUGCCACCAACCGCCGUCGCAUCCGUGACAUCAACUUUGUCUACGAGGAUGACAACGUAUAA